AUGUCCGAGUCCGAACAGCCAGCCAAGCCCUUUCUAUCUCAGGCGACGCUGAGAGUGCGUAGCCUCAUCUCCGAGAAGGGCCAAGACGGAUGGGACGAAGCCUGGAAGAACAAGGUCACCCCUUGGGACGCUGGAGAACCACAGCCUCCAUUGGUGGAUCUACUGACGUCGAAAAGGCUUCCCCUUCCAGAAUCGGGACGUGCUCUCGUUCCCGGCUGCGGUCGUGCAUACGAUGCUAUUGCUAUUGCACGUCAUCUUGGACUGGAAACGGUGGCCAUCGACAUCGCUCCAUCAGCUGUGGAAGCCGCAGAACUGCUGUUGAAGUCCACAUCGGAUACUCCUACGGGGAAGGUCUCCGUCAAGCUUGCGGACUUUUUUGCCUUGGAAGAUCAAGGAUUCGACCUGAUCUAUGACUAUACAUUCUUCGUAGCCCUGCCACCCAAGCUUCGAAGUGCUUGGGCUGAGAAGAUGACCGAUCUUGCGCGACCAGGCGCAUAUCUCAUCACACUCGUCUUCCCUCUCAAUGAGCCGAAGAGUGACGAUGGCCCGCCGUUCUAUCUCGAGCCCGGACAUUACGACGAAGUUCUCCAUGGCUGGGAGAAGGUGCUCGAUGAGGUGCCUGCGGUCGUCCAGAAAGGGAAGGAGGGCAGACAGCGGAUGGUCGUUUGGAAGAAGGUCUGA